CAGUGAGAAAGUUGGGUUGGAAUUGGUAUUUAUGAAAUUUUGCCAGAUGACAUUUACUGACAGCAAUGUGUUGUGUUUACUUUUAAUUUUUUUAAGAAUUUAAGAUUAAAUAGCCCAUUUAUUAGCAUAACUUCCUACAAUGGGAAACGCUGGUAGUGGAGUUCCAAGAGAAAGACAAAAAUCGGGUGAAACUGCACCCUCUUCACCAUGUCGCGAUGACGCAUUUAUAUUUGAUCGAAGGAUUGACAACAAACUUACCUAUCAAAAUUCGCACGAAGACGACGAACCAUAUUUUACAAAACCUGCACCACAAGAUGUAUCCUAUGAGGCACGUCCUCGUUCUAAUACAAUUUCGGAAGGUGCUAAAAUUAAUUUGGACGAGAAGGCGUUGCCGACAGUUUUUCGAUGGGAAGGCGGUGGCAGUGAGGUGUACAUAAGUGGUACUUUUUCGGGAUGGAAGACACUUCCGAUGGUGAAAAGCCACGGCGAUUUUGUUACCAUAAUCGAUCUUCCUGAAGGGGAACAUCAGUAUAAGUUUUGCGUGGAUGGGGAGUGGAAGCAUGAUCCCGGUUUGAAAAUUAUUGACAAUGGAAUGGGAUCAAAGAACAAUCUUGUCAGCGUAAAGAAGUCAGAUUUUGAAGUUUUUCAAGCUUUAGCUAAGGACAGCGAGUCGAACGCGAGUGAUGCACAUAAAGAGUACUCUCAAGAAAUUCCUAUAAACAAACCUUGGGAGAAGGUAUCAGGUCCGCCAGUUCUUCCGCCACAUUUGUUGCAAGUUAUACUUAAUAAGGACACGCCCCUAUCGUGUGAGCCAACACUUUUGCCUGAGCCGAAUCAUGUUAUGUUAAACCAUUUGUACGCACUAUCCAUCAAAGAUGGUGUAAUGGUGCUGAGCGCAACACAUCGUUAUAGGAAGAAAUAUGUCACUACCCUGCUGUACAAGCCUAUUUAGUUGUUAUGGAAGUUACAUUGUAUAUAGAUUGUAUUGUAAUAUUUAUUAGAAAUAACGGUUAUAAAAUGUUUACAAAUAUUUUAACAAAAAACUUUGUAGUUGUAAUCAAGUGUUAACUAUUCUGCUCACAUAAAUACCUAAUUUAAACUUU